GCCAAUAAAGCGCUUUUUGUCCGGGGAGUCAGCAGUCGAUCGCGUUCCUUGACAUGGAGUCCUGGCGUAAUUCUCAGAGGAUUCGAUGAGGACCGUGUAAGUUUGCGUGGUCCAUUGAAAAGUUACUCAGAGGUCGCAUAUUUGGAAAAGAAGACAAGCUUCUGGAGUUAUAUCGCUGAACUGCUCCGCCGUGGAUAAGAGGCACAUUGAAGCGCGACUGCGCUCCUGACUUCACUUCUUCAACAUUCAGGGGAGAGAAGAACUCAAAAUCAAGAAAAGUGGAGCGAGAAUAGAGGAGGAAGUUUCUUCACUGGGCUGACCAUGGAGAGAGAUUUUUUCAUCACCAUGAAGGCCUUUCUCACUCCGCUGCCUUUUCUUCUACUCCUCAUCCUACCUGAAGGCAUCUUGUCCAGCAACUGCCCGAAAGAUUGCAGCUGUUCUACACCAGAGUCCAUCUUGUGUUUUCAGAGACGCUCCUCUACCAUUCCUAAAGGAGUACCUGCAUUCACAAAAAGUCUAUACCUCUUCGCUAACGGCAUUGAGGGCUUGACAGCUAAGGACUUCAGCGGCAUGGAGAACCUGGAAAUGUUGGACCUCAGUCAAAACAAAUUGACCGAAAUUCCAGAUAGAGUGUUUGAACCUCUGACCUCUUUGAGAAACUUGGAUUUGUCAUCCAACCAGAUCACCCACAUUUCAAAGGAAUGCUUCCACGGUAUGGCACUGCUUGAACGCCUGUAUCUGUACAGUAAUCUUAUUAAGACCAUUCACCCUGCAGCCUUUGAUGGAUUGGAACACCUACUGGAACUCAAAAUGCAAGGCAACCAGUUGACAUCCCUACCUGCCCUCGCAAUGCCCCGCCUGCUGCUGCUGGAUCUUCGAUUUAAUGUUUUAAACAGUUUAGGUCCAUCAGACCUCCUGACCCCAAAUUUGGAAUCACUGAAACUUGGUGGUGUGGGGCUCACCAGUCUGGAUAAUGAGCUAAUAGGUAAUCUGAAGAAUUUACAUGAACUGGACAUAUCGGGAAACCAACUUGAGUCCUUCCCAUCAGUGCUAAAGGAGACCAAUGGGUUGAUUCACCUUAGCCUAGCAGGGAACCCAAUGGGUCCUCUUAUGGUUCAGGACCUGCAAAAACUUGGGGAGCUUCAGGAGUUGGACAUAAGCAGCCUUAGCCUGCAGGGUCUCCCCGAAGAGUUCUCCCAGCUCUUCCCCCACCUCAGAAAGCUCACAACAGCUGAGAACCCCUUCAACUGUCUUUGCAACUUAGCAUGGUUCCCAAGAUGGUUGAGAGCCCAGAGCAUCACUCUGGAGAGAACAGAGGAAACCCGCUGCCAUUUCCCACCUAUCAAUGCUGGAAAGGUCUUGGAAAGACUGGAGCACAGGGAUUUUGGGUGCCCUAUCACAACUACAGUCCCAAGUAAUACUGUCAAAACUACCACUUCCCCACCUGUUCCAGUCACUACUUUAUCAACUACUGCUGAAGCUGAAGUUCCAGGAGCCAGCGAUGACCGCACACACAUAGAUGAUGACUCUCUCCUGCCCCCUGUUCCUGCAUCCCCCAGUAGCAGCAGCAAGGACAUAGGAGAGGAUCCACAUUUCUGUCCCUCACACACCUGUCUGAAUGGGGGUAUUUGUCGCUUGGACCACCAUGGUCAGGUAGAGUGUACCUGUCCACAUGGCACUUCUGGCAUGUACUGUGAAGUCAAAAGCCAUCAACCAGCUUUACCCCCUCAAACUGCCAUCCCAAGGGCAACUGUGAUCGUGAAUACACCAGACAUCAGUUCAAAUGAAGUGACAGCAACCUCUAUCCUAGUGGACCUUCACCGUUACAUUGAAAUGCGGCCUUAUAUCCGGGGAAUCCGUCUAACCUAUCGCAACCUUUCUGGGCCAGACCGCAGGCCAAUUCAACUUAGCUUGCCUGCAUCCUUCCCAGAGUACAGACUCAGAGGCCUGAAGCCUAACUCCACUUACGCUGUGUGUGCCAGUCCUCUCGGAGCCCCUAGUGGGAUAGACAGUGUUUGCACUGAGGCCCAUACAGCCCCUGAAAGCAUCAGUGGCACUGAUGCAAGGGUUACUGAUCCAAGACUGACCACAAUGCUGGUGCCUGCAGCUGCCAUUUUGCUACUGCUGCUACUGAUUGCAAUAGCACUGGGAGUGGUAUGCUAUCUUCGCCGAAAGAGAGCCAAUGGCCACUUGGAUCUAGACUGUGAGCCUUCCCAGCAAGAGUUGAGUGGAGAUAAGGCUGGUUUAGAUAAUAUGGCAUUACCACAAAAACAGCCCCAAAUUAUGAUGCCUGAACCUGCUGUUCAGACUAGUAAUUUGGAAUAUGAGGUGUUGCUACUACAGGAUCACUGUACAUCAAAUAACAAUAUGUCUUCACACAAGCCUUCCUAUUUUUGACAUGAGGUUUUGACUACUCUGAGCUAAAAGGAGCAUUUUUGUUAUCUCUGAUUUCCUCCCUGAUGAAUUACAGAGAUCAGUAACCACUGUUGUGAAAGUGGAAGACUCAGUAAGCCAACAAACAAAGGAGAAAAUGGACACAUAUUGAACUCAGUGGUCUCUGUAUGUCUAAAUAGACAUUAAACAAGUUCAAAACAUUUUUUUGAAAUGCUUCUGCUGCAUGUACAUGCUACAUCCUGCUUUAGUAAUAUUUCUUUGAGACCUUUUCAGCUUUCAAGUGGCACUGGAACUGAUGAUGUGUUUCAUGGGCUGAAAGUUAAGGGACACUGAGACCCCAUGUCCUCCUUUUUGUUGAUGAAGGAGUGGUUUGGUCAAACGGGGUUGUGCGGGCUUGACCCCAUCACAACAGCUCAGCAAAGUUAUUGUUGCAUGUUGUAACUUUUCACUACAUACCCCCCAAAGAGAUCAGUGCUUGCUGUGAAUUACCUUUUAGACACCAAAUGAAGUAAUGCAGAGAACAUAGUUGAUGCUUGUAUUGCUUUACUUGGCUCUAAACUCAUGUGAUUUUUGUUAUGUUUUUUUGUUUUUUUAACGUAUGUUUUUUUAUACCUGUCUUUAUAUUUCUAUUGUGCUACAUUGUGACUGUUAACAUCCCUCCAUACCCUCCACCCCCACCUCUUGUGACUAACAGACAAAACAGCUGAUUAAAAUCUUUGAAGAUUAAAACGUGUUUGGUACCAGCAAAGUCAAUCAAAGGGCUUUGCCCCCAGAAUGUCAGACAGACUAAGUAGAUGUGAGUCUGGACAGACUCAAAAGUAAAUCCCCCUUCUCCAUUCCGAAGCCCUCAGCCUGCUUCACCAUCACGUAGUGUGAAGGCCAACAGAAUUACAAAAGCUACAGAGGGAAGCUGAACUCCUUCUGUAUCCCUGCUGCACUGAAUUUCUACCUAGUUCAAAACUCACUUAAAUUACAGUAAACACUCACGUGACAUUAAAAUUAAGCAAAUUUAUUUAUUCUCUAUACUGCCUUUAAGGGAAACUCUUUUUUUUAUAACCCAGCCACAGUUCAUGUACAAAAUAGUACAACAAGCAAAGGCAAAUAGUGGUUCUCUUGAGUAAAAAUAGUGCCCUUAGCACAAUGCUAUGCACAAUUUCUUCUUGGCGAGAAGUAUUCCAGUUUUGCUCACUUGCAACUAACCACACGUUGGAAAGGCCAGGCACACAGUGUAGUGUUUAUAUUGUUGUGUAGAGGACAAUGAGACUUGUGAGUGUAGAUCUGAUAACAUCUGUGAUAAUUUAAGUACACGCUCUGGCUUGUGCAAAGACUUGCAGACAUCCAGUUACUAUCAGUCACCCCUUUUAUGUGCUUGCAUACCUCCGAGUACAUUAAACCCCAAACAACUCUACCUUCAGAUAAACAUACCAAAGCCAUGUCUGUGAAAGUUACCUACAGUAUUUGCACAACUAACAGUGUCAUGCUAACAAAAUGCCUUGAGAACCAACAAUACACGUUAAAAAAAAUAAUCAGCCAAUGCAACUGGAAUAUUUGUCUGUAUCAUAGAAUACAUUGAAGAUAACCAAAAGUAUUUUCAAUGUGAUUGUUUUUCCCUGUUUAUUUUGGGAAGCUCUGUCUUGUCUUGUGUUUUUGUUUUUUUAAUUAUGUGAACUUAUUUGUACAAUUGGAAAAGUGAUAUUAUCAUUAAAUGAGUAUCCAAAAUAAAAACAGACCAAUUUGUC